AUGUCAUCAGUUCUAACUUCAGAGGACUCUGUUAUUUCUCCUCCAACUGUCGAGGAGUCUGUCGUGGAGAGGGUUUUGUAUCUGGACAUUGCAGCUAUUGGGGUGGUGCAUGUUGGUGCUCUGUAUGAAUACGAAAUGCGUGUCACACCAGCAGGCUCCACUCCAGAAGCUGCAAUGUCCAUCCUUGUAGCCCUCGUCCUUACAAACACCUGCACAAUUGCUGUCCGAGUAACAUGGUCCUGA